CCUGAAACCGCUACGAGAGGAUGCUCCACUACGAGAGGAAUGCUAUAGGCGCAGAGCUAUGAUAGCCCCCAGCAGCCAACCGUCUGGUGCUUCAUCGAGCAGCUCCUCCCGACAGCAGCUCAAUGUCAUCAACUACUGCUCGAAGUGCAACGUACCCUUGGCCAUUGUCGAUGACAUACCCAGCAUCGACACUGUCGAUCUUCACAGUACGCACACCAGCACACGGCAAGAACGGAGGCCUAGCUUGUUCUUCCCUGUCCUUGUUAGAGUCGUUUGCAACGAUGCUUGAGUCGUUUGUGGUGUUGGCUGGCGCGGCCUCAACACUCGAAGCCAGCAAGAUGGGAGCGGGUGGUGGGAAUGGCGGAUACCAUGACGCCAUCAGCCGGGUGGAGAGGAUACUGGACCUCGCAUCGGUAAUGCACACACUGCACGCAUUCACGAUCAGUCCAACUGCCUGGUUGCUGGGCGGCUGCCUCGGUCUCUCUUCUGUGUGUAGGGUCAGGCCGAUGCCACCCAUCCAUUGUGUGUCGACUGCGUGGACCAGGUUUUGGAAGAGGCCCAGAAGCAAGCACAGGAAGCGGAAGAGGAGAAAAAAGCCUACCAGGCCGCGCUGCAGGCACUCGAAAAUGAACAGAACCAACACAAACAGCAUGUAUGGCCCUCACUCGCUGCACGUAUGCUUGACGCCACAACCCGACGUGUACAUGUCUGUCUGGUUCAGGGUAGCUCUGCUGGCCGUCAGUUGGAGGAUGAGAUUCACCGACUCGAGGAGGAGGAGAGGCAUUUGCUCAGGGAAAUCGAGUCUGUCGACCACCAGCUAGCAGCACUUCAUGUGAGCCCCCCAAGACAGGCAGGAAGACAGGGCCCUACCUUGGUUUGAUCUGAGAACGCUUCGCCUUGUGUGCGCCGCUCUUGGUGCUUGUAGCGUGAGGAGAGCACUCUCCAGGCUGAAAUGAAACAGCUACAUGAAGAUGAACACAGGUGCGCGGAACCAGCGGAGAUCAAUCAAUUCGUUAACACACGAUCAACCCAUUCCCUCUCGGCUGCCUUUCUUUGUCGUUGUGUGCCCAGUUUUUGGACGUCAUUCAGCGACUACCAGAGUCAGGUCGUCUGCCACGAGGAGGAAGUGGCCGCAACCAACGUAUGACGGCACAUUUGGAAAUGAAUGCCGGACGGGCACUUGUGACGAUUGGGCUUGGCUGUCUGUCAGGCCGCCAUUCACUACGCAACGAGGCAGCUGCAGCGACUGAAGACCAUGAACGUCAUUAACGACACCUUCCACAUAUGGUAGGUGUCACACUGUGCCGGCACGCAGCAUCCAUGUUUCGACAGACGAAAGGCUGAGCAGUGGCUGGAUACGUGUACUUUUCAUUCGUUCAGGCAAGAUGGUCCCUUCGGGACCAUUAACGGCUUCCGGUUAGGCAAACUGCUGCACACACCGGUAGGACCGCAACAAACCUGGCAGGCAUUCGCGAAUCAAGCGUUCCCCACUGUAAUGGCUGGUGUGUUGCUGGUUUGUCUACCAAGGUGUCCUGGGACGAGAUCAAUGCGGCGUGGGGCCAGGUGUGUCUGCUGCUCGACGUUGUCACCAAAAAGUGCCGAUUGCAGCUUCAGAAGUAAAGCAAGAGACCCGCCUGUUCGUAUUCAAAUAUGGCUGGCGGGGCACAUUGCGUCUUGGUGUGUGCCAGGUACCGCUUGUUGCCUCGCGGGAGCUACUCAGCAAUCAUUAGGAAGGUCAGGCACUUCGGCAGGCCUCCCGAUGUCCUUCCUUCCACUUUCAUGGUGACAACGUGUGUGGCUUGUUCAGCACGACAAGGCCACGCUUGAGUUGUAUGGGAGCGAGGGGGGACUGUCGCGGUUCUUCUCGGGCCGCAGAUUCGACCAAGCGAUGGUGGCCUUUCUCGACUGUGUGCAGGUAGAUCCAUGUCGACACAGGCACGCACACAAACGCUACCACUUCCAGAGGGGAGGGAGGGAUGCGCACGCGCAUGCGCAUGACUGGAAUGAUUCAUUGCAUGAAUGCGCGCGUGUAUGUAUCAGGAGGUGGCCAACAUGAUCCACCGCCGCGGUGACCCCACAGCCCGCAUUCCCUUCAAGUACGUAAGACAACCGAUGCGGUCGUGUGAGUGGGGCAGGGCUUGUGCGUUCGUGUACAUUUUCAGGAUCGACGGUGACAAGAUCGAGGGGUUUCCCAUUCGCCUGCAGUUCAAUCAGGAAGAAAGGUCAUGUGCAGUCACACACCACAGCCUACCACACACGGAAGGAUUCAACACUGUGUCGACAAUCCUCCCCAAACAUUGCGUGCAGGUGGACGAAGGCUCUCAAGUUCCUUCUCAUUGACCUCAAGUACAUUAUUGCUCUCGAGGCUGCCUCUAGAUGAUAGGCGUUCAUGUAAAAUCGACUGGGGCGGCCGCCCGGCGCAGUAGUGGUGUACAGCUGACGCUUUUUCGUAGAGAUAUGUAUGGUGCAAUAGUUCGGAGACGUCCUUGCGGUAUUACGUGGUGCCGCGUGUGGAAACAGUUGUUCUAAUCAACACACGCCCAUCAAUACAUGCCCAUCAGAUAGCUGCCUGCAGGAACUUAAACAGCGCUUCUCGUCCAUGUGCUCAUCGCC